GAGAUCAGUCAACUCCGCCUCCUACCUGCCACGCGCUCACUGCUGCUAGAUCUGAGAACAUUGAACAAGCGGCGCUGCUCCCGGCAUUCGCGCUCUUCUGCUGACAGCAAGCACUCAAUCUAACUAUUUAAAACUGGCAUUUAAAGUGAGGCAUACAACUAGAAAUCUAAUGCCUUUUGGCCAGUACCAGAGAGACAAUCACGUUUUAUUCAGUCAAGUAAAAUUCUUUAGCAUCGUCAAUAGUUCGAGAACACUGAACGAUCUGGCAUAAACGAGUAUGGACAGUUUUACACUAUGCGGGGAAAAGAUGUUAAACAUCAAGAAGUUGUGGAUAUAAACGGACAGAAGAACAGAGCUCAUUCCUAAUAUCCUAUGGCUUGAAGUUUCAGGCAUCUUUCCUGGCCACAGCUCAUGGAUUUCCUCACGGAGUAUCCCUACAAUGACACUUAUUAUGACAAUGGGACCGGGACCCUCAACGGCACAAGCUGUGAUGCCAAGCAUCAGUAUAACUACUAUGCCAUGCUCCUGACUCUCCUCAUCUUUGUCAUUGUCUUCGGCAAUGUGUUGGUGUGUAUGGCAGUCUCCAGAGAGAAAGCGCUACAGACCACCACUAAUUACCUCAUUGUCAGCCUGGCGGUGGCAGAUCUUCUCGUGGCCACAUUAGUUAUGCCCUGGGUGGUGUAUCUUGAGGUGGUGGGGGAAUGGCGUUUCAGUAAGAUCCACUGUGACAUCUUCGUCACCUUGGACGUCAUGAUGUGCACGGCGAGCAUUCUUAAUCUGUGUGCUAUUAGUAUUGACAGGUACACGGCUGUUGCCAUGCCGAUGUUGUACAACACACGCUACAGCUCCAAAAGACGUGUCACUGUAAUGAUCUCAGUGGUUUGGGUGCUGUCGUUCGCUAUUUCUUGCCCCCUGCUGUUUGGAUUAAAUAAUACAGCUACACGGGACGGUGCCGUGUGUGAAAUCGCCAACCCUGCUUUUGUUGUCUACUCCUCCAUCAUGUCAUUCUACGUGCCCUUCAUCAUCACCCUCCUCGUCUACGUGCAGAUCUACGUAGUUCUUCGCAAGCGCCGGAAACGGGUCAACACUAAACGGAGCUGCCAGAAGACAGAUGCUGAUGCUCAGCCCUCUCUCAAGGAAAAGUGCACUCAUCCUGAAGAUGUGAAACUCUGCACAGUUAUCAUUAAGACCAACGGUGGUUUACCUGCCAAAAACAAGAAAGCACAACUGAUAAAGGAGGUCCUGCACCCGGGUGGUGAUGUGGGGGUGGAUAUCGUGGCAGGCACCAGCCCUCCAGAGAAAAAGAAACAGGCAUCCACUCUGGUCGUCGACCUGAUGGCCAACCCGAGCCCCAUUCAUGCCUCUCCCUCCCAUGGUGAAUGUCAGUCAAAUGGAGAUGAGAAAAAUGGGCAUACCAAGGAGGUCCAGAUCCCUAAAGAAGCCAAACCUGUUGAAACUCAGGCACUGCCCAAUGGCAAAACGCUAACUACAGUGACCAAAACCAUGAGUAAGAGGAAGAUAUCUCAGCAUAAAGAGAAGAAGGCUACUCAGAUGCUGGCCAUUGUUCUAGGUGUUUUCAUUAUUUGCUGGCUGCCCUUUUUUAUUACCCACAUUUUGAAAACUCACUGCACGAGCUGUGUGGUGCCACUGGAAAUGUACAAUGCCUUCACUUGGCUGGGAUAUGUGAACAGCGCCGUCAACCCCAUCAUAUAUACCACUUUCAAUGUGGAGUUCAGAAAGGCUUUCAUAAAGAUAUUGCACUGCUGAGGACAUUAUUCACUGCACGCGUAGAGGAGGAGAGAUGGAAAAUUUCAUGAGAGGUUAGUGCCAUCUUUCACUGCCAUGUGAAAUGACGGAUUUACAAAGCCACGCUUUUAAGGCAGAGCGGAAAAACUCAUUACAGACAAUGAAGGUUCAAAUGAAUGUAGAGUUUUAUUUGUGCGUCUUAUUUCUGGCAGUGGAGUGAGUGUGCAAACGUGUGUUUAUUCUCUUUGGAGUUGGAGUGUGAAUGUGAUUAAUUGUCGAUUAAAGAAUUGAAGUAAAUUUGAGAUCGAAAAUUGGAUGUUGCCACAGAGACUUUUAUGCAAGCAGGGACCUGAAUGUCAAAAUCACACUAUUAUAUCAAUUUAGUUGUGAGCAACUGGUUACAAAAUGCUUACAGCUCUGUUUAUUCAAGUAUUAUUUAUUUAGUCACAAAUUUUUAUUUGUUUUGAGAAAUUAUUAUAAAGAGAUAGCUAUUAUAAAGUAUAAAUGAGGUGAAAAUACCUUAUUUGCGUUAUUAUAAAGCCAGAACACAAAGAUAUUAAAGUCCCCGUGAACUGGAAGUUGCAACCGACUUUUCUCCAGUGUUGUGACGUAUUUCCAAGUUAAACGGAAUAUUGAAUAGAGGGCAGGGUUUUACCUUAACGCACCUCCUCUCCAUCUCUCUCUCAUAGUAGACUAACGGUUGGAGGGGAGUGGUUAAGCAUUUUCAACCCAAGCCGUCAAACUGACGUCAUUAGAGAAGAAACGCCAUUCUAGACAGGAAGUAACUUUUCAGAUUUUCAUUAAAGAUUACCAUGACAAACAAUUUAUUUCUGUGUAUUAACUUGCACGGAUUAAUUGUUCACCACAAGACUACUAAUACGAUCUAACAAAGUCAAUUUUGAUUUCAUAACGACUUUAAAGGUGCACUCCGUAAUGUUUUGUUUAUGUUGCGCUGGUCGUCUUGGACGUAUACUGACACCUAGGGGCCUGGAGUGCAGAAUUAUGCAAUUUAAGCAAAAAGGUUUCAGUUUAGCUAUGCUUGUUGUAAAAAUGUGCUGUUCGCAGUCAGAUGUAAUUUAUUUAUUUCAUGAGUGAAAGUGUCUGAUAACAGCCAAGAUUUGUCUAGUCAUGUGAUCUCAACAUGUCUGCCCCUAUGAGGCAGCCCACUCUAUGUAAAAUAAAACAGCUUUUAGCAGAGCAUACAUUAUUUUUUAAUGAUUACUUUGUGUAAAACUUUAAGAAAUUAUAAUGUUUCCUUUUAAAAAGAAAAAUUACUGAGUGCACCUUUAAGCAAACAGAAAUGAAUGCCUUUGACUUACCGACUAUGAAGGACAAUGUAAAUAAGAUUUAAAUAGUUUUAUUGAAGCCCAUGACAAAAAUGAUCAUGCACGUUACAUUGGUACUUCACAUUAAAUUGCAGCCAAUGUAUGUCUCUUGUAUUUUUUGUGUACAUCUCAAGUACACAAAUGUAUCUGAGCUAUAUAAAGUUGUGUCUGUUUUUCUGUCUGAUACUAGUAUGUUCACUGAAAUAGGUGUUUGGUUUGACAUGUGACAAAUCAUUUUUUUUGUGGUUGGAAAAAAAUAAAGCACAAAUUAUUUGUGGAAAAAAGGACAUCUCCAAUGAUAAAAGCUGUGUUCCAUUUUAAACAUGGCCAGAAAUAUCCACUGCUAGAUCUACACAUUAUCUGUUUUUUAAUUUGUUUUUUUAUCAUGUUUUGAGGGAGCCUUCAUCGAAAAAUCUUAUUUUGCAUUCAUAUUUCUCAAGUUUCAGUACAUAGUGUUUUAUUAUAUAGGAUAAUGACCAUUAAUUCUUGCAGAUAAAGGAUAUAAUUGCACUAUAACAGAGUUUCCUUUUUUCUUUCUGCUGAGAAAGUCAUUACUGGUGUAAUUUAUAAAAUUUUAUCCAUAAAAUUUAUAACAUUUUAACCCCAUUUGAGAAGUAGUCAGCAGAAAGAAAAGGAUCUAUGGUUCAAGAAAUAGACAUAAAUCAUUUUAUUGAUUAAAGGUGCGGUGUGUAAAUUUUAGUGGCAUCUAGCGGUGAGGUUGCGAAUUGCAAUAUAGAGAAGCUACGGUGGCCAACACAGGACAAAAAUGUCGUCAUCUGAGACAGCAGAGAGAAGCCAGUCAAGCAAACGCACUCUGUAGAGCAGUUUGUCCAUUUAGGGCUACUGUAGAAACAUGUCAGCGCAAAAUGGCGACUUAACAUGUAAGUGGACUCACGGUGUAUGUAGAUGGAAAUGGCUCAUUCUAGGGUAAUAAAAACAAAAUGGUUCAUUAUGUAAGGUCGUUAUACACUACUGAAAACAUAGUUAUGUAUAUUAUAUUGGAUUUCUAUCAAUAGAUCCUCCUAAAAUGUACACAUUGCUCCUUUAAGUGUCAACAACCAGCUGGACACAGCAACGCUGGCUACACCAAUAGCGCGAGUUUGGUGUAACGACAUUGUCAUUUGACCAAUGGAAGUCGAGGGAUGUAUCUGAGGAAACCUGUUUGAAAACAGUAAUUUUUCUUGCAAUUCCAUUUGGUGACUAGUGGCACAAAAAUUACACACUUCAGCUCUACGUCAUCAUUUGCUUAUUAUUGCAUUGUGAUCAUGUAAACAUGCAGAUCCAGUAGAUGGACAUUGUAAGACAUUAUGACACAAUGAGUGCCUACAUUUAGGUGUUUUAUGGGCUCUCAAGCUGAAAUAGAUGCAAUUUGGCACUGUUCUUUAAACAAAGUGUGCUAAAGCUAUUCAGUUUGUUUACUUGGGUUGGCUGUUUUGUCAUGAAGUGCCAUUUUUUAUUUUUCUAGUUAAUCCCCCUCCCAACCCACUCACCCACUCACUCACUCACCCACUCACCCCAAAAAAAUGCAUUAUGUAAUUAUAAGUAUGUUUUUAAAAGUUUAUUUAUAUUCAUUGGAAAAAUUAACACACUUUAUAUUUGAAGCAUGAUGAUCCAUGUUACCUGUCAUAACAUGAUUAAUCACAAUCUGAUGAGUAUCAUAUAAAUAGUGUAAGUUUUUUUUUUUUUUUUUUGUCUUUCACAAAAAUGGGUUUUAAACCUGUGAUGUGUUUCUGAAAUAAUAAGUAUUAUGUAUACGGAGUUUAAAUUCUUUAUACAAUCUGCAAUAGGGGACUAAAAACACUAAAGAAGCUUUUAGCUGAAAUGUCUGUAACCUUUUAUAAACACUGUAAACUGGAUAAACUAACUAGUGUGCAGAAUGUUUUAUUUUAUUUAUUUAUUUUAUUGGUGUUGACGUCAAACAGCUGGGAGAACAUGGUGAUUGUUUGAAUUUUGAAAAAAAAAAAAAAAAAAAAAAAAAAAAAAACAUGCACGCAGAGGUCUGCAAAUGGUUAGCAGCUGCACACUUUUGUUGACUAGAGCAGGUUAAAAUCUUACACUUUAAUUGCAUUUAGGCUCCUAACUCAGUUGCCGACCCAAUUUACACCAUAGGUUGCUGACACCUGAUUUACUUGUUUGUUUAUUUUAACUUUUUAAUGGUGCUUUUAUUUAAAUAAUUUGCUGUUGAAAAAGUGACCAACAAUCCCCAUUUCUUUCAUGAUGUGCAUUUCCAACCCAAGAAUCACAGUAUGUUGUUUUAUGGCUUUAUUUAAAGAAUGACCUCUGUUUUCGAUCAGGAAUUAAUCAAUACUUUUAUCAGUAUGUGCUCAUGCAAAUAUAAUGGAAUGUAAAUGCUGUACAGUUUUUAAUCACAAUAUCUGUACGUGUUUUUCAACAUGGUCUUGUCAUUGUACAUCAAGUCCUAUCCAUUUGUUCAGCUUUGGAAAAAAAAAAAUGCAAACGGACAACUUUUACAUAGCAAGUAAAUGUAAGUUUAUGGUAUGUCAGAUAUUUUGUAAUAGCAAUGUAAAUACUGAAUGAAUAAAAGUACAUGUCAGGCAUUGCCAGUA